GCCCUUCAUUCCAGAAUCGAUCACCAGCGAGACUUAUUGUUGUGGAGAAUGAAGACCGUACAUUCGAACGGCGACAUGCUGUCUGAGAGGAGGCAGAGGAGCGGACAUUUAAUGAGCUUCAUUGCAGCAUGUGGAGAGUACCCUCAAGCUGCCACCACCCUAUAUGCUAUCCUCAACGUUGACCGUUGUUCCAAAUCCCUCGACUUACAACUGGGCGUCAACUAACUCUCGUAUUUUGCUUCUAGCUUACUACUAUACGUGCAACUCGUUGGGCUUCUGGACUUCUCGAGUCUUCACGGCUUGCUCAAACGAAUAUUGACGAAGAUUGAGACAACUUAA